AUGGUGCGCGUCGUCAAGGGCGGCGUGUGGAAGAACACCGAAGAUGAGAUUCUCAAGGCGGCCGUAUCCAAAUAUGGAAUGAACCAAUGGGCUCGUAUUUCUUCGCUGCUCGUCCGCAAGACACCAAAGCAGUGCAAAGCUCGAUGGUACGAGUGGCUCGAUCCCUCGAUCAAGAAGAUCGAGUGGUCUCGUGAGGAAGAUGAAAAGCUCUUGCAUAUGGCGAAACUCAUGCCGACGCAAUGGCGGACCAUUGCCCCAAUUGUAGGACGUACAGCCACGCAGUGCUUGGAACGCUAUCAACAACUCCUAAACGAUGCCGAGUCGCAGGAUUCAGAACUAGGUCUGACUGGGCCUGGUGAAGAAGCAGGUCCUAGCGCCGAUCAGGUGCUCAAGCUUCGCCCUGGUGAGAUUGAUCCUGACCCAGAGUCGCGCCCAGCGAAGCCGGAUCCUGUGGAUAUGGACGAAGACGAAAAGGAGAUGCUAUCCGAAGCGCGAGCUCGUCUCGCGAAUACCGAGGGAAAGAAGGCCAAGCGAAAGGCACGCGAACGUGCGCUCGAUGAAUCACGUCGUCUUUCUACGCUGCAAAAGCGACGUGAACUCCGAGCUGCUGGUAUUCUAGCCAAAGGCAAGGCAAAGUCCGCAGGCAUUGACUACAAUGCUGAAAUUCCCUUUGAAAAACAGCCUGCGCCAGGUUUCUACGAUACGACAGAAGAGUUGGCGAAGACAUAUGAAGAGCCGAUGCGUCGUACCUUGCAACAGAUGGAGCCAGGCGCACAGCAAUCCGAUGAGGAAGCCCGAAAACGACGGGAGCGGGCGAUGAACAAGCCUGCACGUCACGAAGAGGCGCUCAAGAGGAUGCGUGAAGCGGAGCAGGUCACAAAGCGACGCAAGCUUGCCCUGCCGGAGGCGCAAGUGGGUGAACGUGAGUUGGAGCAGAUUGUCAAGCUGGGUCAGGCUAGCGAGGCCGCGCGGGCGUUGGUCGACCACCAGGAUGGUGCAGCGACGGAAGGCUUGCUAAGCCACUAUGCGCCCAUGGAAGCGACGGGCCGUGCAGACGCACCUACGCCCACCCCUAUGCGUACAACGGAUGCCCUCGUGCGUGAGGCGCGUGAACUGCAUCAACGGACCAUCACACAGACGCCCUUGCUAGGCGGUGACAAUGCCCCUUCGAUGGCGCCGCCGCCAAGUGUGGGUAUGGAUGCCACGCCGCGGGCGUCGCAGGUGCCUGCUACGCCGUAUCGUGAUGUCCUUGGCCUGCAGGAAGCUGGCUUGGCUGCGCCUCCGACGCCACGCGAUGCCAAGUCUCUCGCACGCAUGGCCAAACAUUCGCUUUUGUCUAGCCUCGCUUCCUUGCCGGCGCCGAAGAACGACUUUGACAUCGUCGUAGAUGCAGCACCUGAAGUGACGGACACAACGACCGAGCCGUCGAUCCCUGAAGAUGCGACGAUCCGUGAUGCACGGGAGCAGCUCUUGGCCGAGGAAGAGAAGGUUCGCGAAUUUGCGCGACGAUCACUUGUCGUGCAGCAGUCGUUGCCGCGUGCAAAGGAGGUGGAUACAGAGGCCUUGUUGCCAUUGCUAGCGUCUUUGCGCACGUCCACGUCUGAUGCGCAGCGCUUGGUGGAUGAAGAAGCUGUGCGUCUUAUGGUCCAUGAUUCGAAAGUGUUCCCUGUCCCUGGUAGUCGGUAUGGCGGGGGCGUACGUCAUGCCCUUGCGGAGGUGUCUGAUGAGCGUUUGGCAGCGGCACGUGCCUUGGUCCAGGCGGAAGUUGCCACGUCGCUCGGUUACCCCGGCGCCAAACCAGAGGUGUGUCGUACAAUGAUCGAGGCGCAGGCUGCAUCGCUUGAGCGUGUCUAUGCUACGCGCCCCCCUGCCAUGUGGCCCCAAGCGGAUGACUCUUCGCUCUCGCAUGCUGAGAAAAUGCAAGGUGCUCAGGCGCGCUUUACCGCGCUGCAGGCGCGCAUGAACGAGGUGGCCACGAUGGCUGUGAAAGGAGAAAAAACACUGGGCAAGCUGCUGGGUGGCUACCAAGCGCGCUCACGUAUGCUAGCGGGACGUAUUCGAGAUGCAGCUACGGCGCAGUCGGAAGGCCUGGUUCGGCUUGCAGCAUUGGAGCGUCUGGCUACAAGUGAGCCGGCUGCCGGGCAGGACCGCUAUGAGCGAUUGCAAGAAGAUGUGUCGCGCUUGCAAGCCGCAGAACGUCUUGCACAGAUGGAGUACAAAGAGCUUGACGCACAGCGGGCCGAGGCGCAGGAAGACUACGAAGCAUGCCAAACCGAGCUGGAGAUGCGGCGUGCUGAGAUGGCACUGGCGGCAUAG